AUUUCUGUAAAAGUCCAAGAUAGUAGAUUAUUCAUCACUUAAUAUUUUUCCUCCUUUCAAGAUCCCCCUUCUUAAUUACUUGCAUUAAUCCUCAAAAUGGGUAUUCAGUUGAUUGGACUGUCUCACGCCAAGCAGAAGUUUCAAAGAAGCUUAUCAGCGAGGAUCGCGAGCCUCUUGGCCGUGUCAGGUACUAAUAAUGUCCCAAAGGGUCAUGUGGCCGUCUAUGUUGGUGAGACUUACCAAAAGAAGAGGUUUGUGAUACCUAUAUCAUACUUAAACCAUCCCUUGUUCCAAAGUUUGUUGAAUCUCGCGGAAGAAGAGUUUGGGUUCGAUCAUCCCAUGGGAGGUCUAACAAUCCCUUGCACUGAAGAUUACUUCACUGCUCUAGCUUCUUUUCUAAAUGGUUCAUGAUAAUGGAGGUCACUGAUAAUCCCAACAUUCAUUACGAUUAUUUAUACAAAUAUAUUGUGUUUCUUUUUGGUUUCAAUGUAUCCAAGGCCGUGUAGAGAAUAACUCGAGAUUGGGAUACUAAGUGAGUCUCUUUUCAGUUUUGGAUCUAAGAAGAGCGAGUUCUUUUAACUGUUCCGAUUGUAAACUGUUCAAUUGCUCAGAAAUUUAAUUUAAGUUUCUUUUCUAUGUCGAGUUGCUUACUUUUCCUAUAUGUAUUGAUUAAAUCUUAGCUUGCUUUUUAUACAAGCAACUUUUGUGGG